AUGGGCGAGGAAUUGGCCAAACCAAGCCCUAUGCAGAAAAUGAAGGGGCUUGUGAUUGAAGAAAUGAUAGAGGGAACAGAUGAUGCAGAUGCAAACAAGUUUUUAGAGGUAUAUAUUGAUGAUGUGGCUAUGAAGACUGAAAUAUUUGAGGAACAUCUAAUUCAUCUAAGGUUGAUGCUUAAUGAUUGCCAGUUAGGUUUUAAUAUUCAUUGCUAUGCCCAAGGAGAAAGGGGAGCUCAGGUUCUUAUUGUUCCAGAACUUGUUGACUUUAUCACCCCAGCAUUGGACAAGGUUCCUGAAUGCAUCGACAAGCUUGCACAAGUUGAAAUAAAAAUAUGGGUUUUGACAGGAGAUAAAACUGCAAUUAAUAUUGGUUUUUCCUGUAGGUUACUUAGAGAAGGAAUGAAACCAGUAAUAUUAAACUCGGAGGCACCAGGGUUUAAAGUGCUGGAGAAAGCUAGGAAUGUGUCUGCCAUCCGUGAGAUGGCUUUAUUGAGUGGACUUAUGGAUAAUCCAUAUUGGUGUAUGGAGAAGAAUUUUCACUUUUGUGUAGAACUAAUAUAAUACUUUUGUCGUCCUCAGUUUUUGUGUAGUUCAUUAUUCUGAUACAGAAAAACUUUUGGCAAUCAACAGAUAAUGACUGUUGUGGUACAUAGAUCACCUUUUGUCAUGGUACAUAUAUACCAUUUGUCGGCAUACAUAUAGGAGUUUUGUCAUGGUCCAUAGAAAACUUUUGUCGUGGUACAUUAUCACC